CAAAAUUUAUGAAAAAACCUAAUGUCCAGCCUGAUAACAUGAAUGCUUUGAAGUAAUGCGACGGUAAAUAUGAAACUUGAGGAGUUGCAGGUUGAGAAAGAUAGAAUGCAGCUGUGCAAGCACAGAUUAUAUCGACCACCAAAGUAAUUAUCGGUAAUAUGCAUACCUUCCAUCGAUGACUGAAUACUACGUACAACCUCCAUAUCAACAACAAGUAUUGCACCACUGCAUUCACAAUAUAGAACGUGAAAUUGGCGACAAGUAAAGGGUUAAACAUAAGAUACGCGUCUUCUGUUUCAGGCUGGGACGCAAUGAUCGGGUCGGUGAAUGCUUGGAGCAGCUGUAAGAACGAUAGGAUUGCAUGUGCAGUGGCUGUUGUAAAUAAAAUGAUGCUUGCAAUGAGGAGUAUUCUGCUCGAACUUUUGCGACGUUGCUCCCCGUGCCGUUUCAAUAGCAUGAAAAAACAACAACAGAAAAGCACAAAACUAGAUUCAUAUGAACUACAUUCUAUCCAUGUAGAUGUCAAGGUGACAAGUUUGAGGAAAUCGGUACAACAUGUCAGCUUUAUACAUCUUGAUUAGGCUGAGUCGAGGCAGGUGUCAUGCAAGGUGUCGAUAAACGUAGAGGACUAAUUCUUUUCGAGUAACUCGGCCAUUUAUUACAUCAUCGGGCGUUUAUAAAACACGCUAUCGUAUUUGCUUGGUGGAGGUGGGACGCAGAAGAUGCUGUAUAUCGCACCCAGUCCAUGCUGUAUGUCACAAAUAGGUCUUGCAUUUGGCUAGCAACCCUCACCGGUGCUCGCUGCCAUAGUCGUGGAGCUUCCAAAUCGUGUUUUUACGGAC